AUGGCUGCCGCUAACCGUGGGCCUCUGGUUGUUCUUAAUGCAAACCGGUACCGUUGUGAUGCGUUUAUUAUCAAGCAAGAUCAUAUUGGCGCGCUGAAUUUACCACAUCUACAUUUAGAGGACGUUCCCAAGAUGGCCCAGAUGAUGAGAACAGAUAUCACUCCCGUUCUAGGAUGGCUCUGGAACGUGAUGGCACAGCAUGCUCUUGAGUACCUGGGUUUUGAUCGGCGGCCAUCUGGCAAUAACUGGCCUCAUGUUUGGUGGAUCCCUAUUGGUAUUCUCGGAAGAAUUCCCAUUCAUGCAGCUGGGAAUCAUUUCAACGGCUCGCAUGAGAUGGUGCUCGAUAGAGUCGUCCCAUCAUACAGUGGAUCUGUCAAGGCACUGUGGUAUGUCUCAAUGCCUCAAACACUAGGCCAAUCAUCCCUACAUUUUGCUUCAGACGAGAUGAACAUGCUUCGCGAUAUCUGUCCUUCCCUCAAUCUCCAAAAUAUCGAGUCAGCUCAGCCUACCAAAGCGCAGGUAAUAUGCCACUUGAAAGGCUGCACAGUCUUCCAUUUUGCUGGCCACGGAAUUUCUGAUUCUACAGAGCCUUCCGCUAGCUCUUUGAUACUUGACGACUGGCAGAAAAACCGGCUUACUGUAGGAGACCUUCGUGAUCUCCGACUGGAGGAGAAUUCGCCUUUUCUCAGUUAUCUCUCAGCAUGUUCGACGGGGGGACCCUCUGGGAAGCAUCUGACUCCCAUUGUCGAGAUUGCACGGAUUUUCUAUGAGACCCUUCGUAAGGAGGGUAUGACAGACGACGCCGUGAGCCGGGGGCUGCACAGAGCCAUCAGAGAGUUUCGAGACGUGGACGAGCAAAUUGCAAAUAGUAGAUGGCAGGAAGAUGAGAAAGACGAACCUGAGAAUCUGGACGAUGCAUCGAACAACCCCACCCUUGAGAGCUCGGUAGAAGAUAAUCAGCCAUCUAAAUUUCUCUAUCUGGUCUUCACUCGAAGGGGUGUGUUCAUGUAUAUCGAUGGAAAGCACAUAAUACGAUCAUGA